AUGGAGUCCCUCCCUGAAGCGGUCCUGAUCAGGAUCCUGGCCUCCAUACCUGCCGUGGACUUGGUGCUGGUGUGCCGCCUGGUCUGCUGCCAGUGGAAGAACCUGGUGGAUGGAGCUGCUCUUUGGAUCCUCAAGUGCCAGCAGGAGGGCCUCACUGGAGCAGAAGCAGAGGAGGAUGCAGAGAAUUGGCAAAACUUCUACUUCUUGAGCAAGAAAAAGAGGAAUCUCAUCAAGAACCCGUGCGGCGAAGAAGACUUCCAGGACUGGGGAGAGGUAGAGAAUGGAGGUGAUGGCUGGAAAAUUGAAGAGCUUCCUGGGGACUUUGGAAAAGAAUUUCCUAGUGAAGAAGUCCACAAAUACUUUGUUACGUCCUAUGAUUGGUGUCGGAAGUCUCAGGUCAUUGAUCUUAGGGCUGAGGGCUACUGGGAAGAGCUGAUGGACACAACCCAGCCUAAAAUCGUGGUGAAGGACUGGUACGCAGGGCGCAGCGACGCCGGCUGCCUCUACGAGCUCUGCGCGAAGCUGCUCUCGGAGCACGAGGACGUGGUGGCCGAGUUCAAGAGCGAAACUAUUGCCAUCCCCCAGGACAACGACGCUGCCUGGACGGAGAUCUCCCACACCUUUUCCAACUACGGGCCGGGCGUGCGCUUCGUGCGCUUCGAACACGGCGGCCAGGACACGCUGUUCUGGAAGGGCUGGUACGGCGUCCGCGUUACCAACAGCAGCGUGACACUGGAGCCGUAG